UUUAAAGAAAAGAAACGGGGACAUAAACGUCAAUUAAACAAAACUCUAGACCCAUUUCCGUCAUUUCACUAUCCAUUUUCUCAUCACCAUUCACCUUCUUCACCUACACACACUGGGACACACGGAGAGACACACUCAGAAACUACUCUCUCCUCUCUCUCUCUCUCUCCCCUCACUUUCUCUCUCUAACUGAGAAAUGGGGACGCGAAUCCCGUCUCACCAGCUCAGCAGCGGGCUCUACGUCUCGGGGAGGCCGGAGCAGCAGCAGAAGGAGCGGCAGCCGACAAUGGCGUCGCGCGCCGUGCCGUACACCGGCGGCGACAUCAAGAAAUCCGGAGAGCUCGGGAAAAUGUUCAACAUCCCGGACAUUGAUCCCUCCAUGAUCAAGACCUCGCGGACCUCCUCAUCUUCGCAGCACAACAGCGGAUCCGUCCGAUCCGGGCCCAACUCCGGCCCAAUCAGCAAGCACUCGGGCUCCGGCCCCAUUCCCAAGAAACUCUCCGGCCCCAUGGUGCCGCUCCAGCCCACCGGCCUGAUCACCUCGGGCCCGCUCGGCUCAGGCCCUCUCGGAUCCUCCUCCGGUGGACGGAGGUCGGCGUCGGCGUCGGCGUCUCAGAUGGAGAACUCCGGGUCGACCGGGAAGGCGGUUUACGGCUCGGCGGUGACGAGCUUGAGCGAGGAGGUGAAGGUGGGGUUUAGGGUUUCGAAGGCGGUGGUGUGGGUUUUCUUGGUGGUGGCGGCGAUGGGGCUUCUGGUCGGGGCGUUCCUCAUGGUGGCGGUGAAGAAGGCGGUGAUUCUGGUGUCGGUGGCGGGGGUUCUGGUCCCGAUUCUGGCGGUCGUGUUUUGGAAUUACUUCUGGGGAAAGAGAGGCUUGCUUGGGUUUGUCAAGAGAUACCCUGAUGCGGAGCUUAGAGGUGCUAUUGAUGGACAGUACGUCAAGGUCACUGGGGUUGUCACCUGUGGCAGUAUUCCUCUGGAAUCGUCCUACCAAAGAGUACCUAGGUGUGUAUAUGUUUCCACGGAGCUGUAUGAAUAUAAAGGAUGGGGUGGAAAGUCCGCAAAUCCUAGACACCGAUGCUUUUCAUGGGGAUCUAGAUAUUCGGAGAGAUACGUCGCUGAUUUUUACAUAUCCGACUUCCAAUCUGGAUUGAGAGCUUUAGUGAAAGUUGGCUAUGGAGCUAAGGUUGCACCAUUCGUUAAACCAGCUACUGUGGUGGAUAUAACAAAGGAAAACCGAGAGUUAUCUCCAAGCUUUUUAGGCUGGCUAGCAGACCGCAAGCUCUCUUGUGACGACCGUAUAAUGCGCCUUAAAGAAGGAUAUAUCAAAGAAGGGAGCACCGUAAGCGUGACGGGGGUUGUCCGACGCCAUGAUAAUGUUCUAAUGAUAGUUCCUUCAGCAGAGCCAGUCUCGACAGGCUGCCAAUGGUCCCGAUGCCUCCUCCCUACCUACGUCGAAGGUCUUAUCUUGACGUGUGAUGAUAAUCAGAAUGCUGAUGUAAUUCCUGUAUAGGUGUUUAAAGUUCCACGAUGAUUUUGUUUGGAAGUUUGGUGCUGCAAGUAAAUAUUUGAAGGGUGAGACUGAUGGAAAUGUGGCAUAUCACUAGACCACUCUGCUUUUCCAUUCCGAGUUUAGGUGUGUAAGUUGGCCUUAAAAAAAGACGCGAAGAUAAGAUCACAAAACAAGGAAAUCCACAAGAAGAAAGGACUUCACCUGUGAAGCGCAAGAUGGAUGAUGAUGAUGAUGAUGAUGCAGCACGUUGUAUUUUUGGCUGAUUUUAUGUACAUAAACUCAUAGAGAUACCCAAAAGGGUCCGGAAAAUGGUUGCUUGGUUGUGCUAAAUUUUAGUACGAAAAGUGGAGAUGUAUUUUUCUUUCCCUCUUUUAUAAAGCUACUCGCAAGAACGUGCAUGUCUGUCUAUUUGAUUGUGCAACUAUUUGUGGGAGUACGAGUGAUGUACUAUUCAUAGCACGCACUCACAUGCAUCUUUUCUUUUUUUUUUUUGGUUGCAUUUUUAUUUAUA